AUGGUGGCCAAGCGCGUCCUCUGCGUGCCGCCGCGCGCGGGCAGGAAGAGCGAGACCGCGCUUGCCGCUUUCACGCUGGAGCUGCUGGCCUGGUGGGGAGCCGGGGGGCGCUCGACUCUCCGGCGGGAAGCGUGCGGCGAGCGACCGGGAGAGCGGCGGCAACGAACGAAGAGGCCGCCGACGACGGAGCAGCGCGCCGCCCGCGCCGCCGCUUUUGCGGCGGACGGCCUGCUGGGGAAGGGCUGCGCCGCCUUGGCCGCCGCGGGCCUCGCGACGCCAGCGCGGGAGACCGCGCUGGCCCUCGAGAGGCUGCGCCCUGCUACGCCCGCCCUGCCUCUAGGCUGCCUGGAAGAGCUCGUGGCCGCGCCCGAAAUCGCCCCGAACUCGGUGCUAAAGCGCGGUUUGGAAUUGAACCUUGGCAAGUGCGAGCUCGUUGCCCCGUCUGGGCGUGCCCCCGCAGACCUCGGCGGACUUUUCCCCGCCCCUUUGCUAGCGGGGGCUGAAACUGGAGUUAGCCGCGUCGCCUUGCCGGAUGGGUUCGAGCUGAUGGGCGCGCCCAUCGGCGACCAGGCCCACUGCGGGGCUCUCACGAAUAAGAGCGCAGACGAAGCCAAACCCACCCUGGCGGCACUCGCAGACCUUCACCCGCAAGCGGGCCUCCAGCUGCUACGCUACUGCGCGAGCUUCAAAGAACUCGUGUGCAGCGCCCGCGCGGCCCCGUCAGCUCUGCACUCGGAAGCACUCGGCAGCUUCGACUUGUGUCGGCGUCGCGCGCUCGCCGACCUCCUGGCGGCGGACCUGACAGACGCGCAGAGGCACCAGGCAGCCCGCGGACUGGCUUUUGCAGGCUUAGGCUUGCGGCGCUUGGAGGCCCGCGCGCCCGGAGCUUGCCUGGCGAGCCUGGCUGCGACCCGAUGCCUCUUCCCCGCGCUGGACCCAGCCUGCAGGUGGGCGCCAGAGGACGCGAGCGCGAGGGCUGGACAGGCGCUCCUCGCCCACGACGCCCAGCUGCCAGGGGCAAGCGGAGCGCUCCGGGAAACCCUCGAGGGCGCCACGCAGAAGGGCCUUUCUGCUGCUUUGGACGAUCGCGACCACAAGGCCUUCUGCGCUGGCUUGAGCGAGUCAGACCUUGCGGGCAUCCAGUCUGAACAGCUCCCCGUCGCAAGCGGCUUCCUGGAGGCGCCGCCGAACGAGAACCUCGGGCUGCUCUUCGAACCAGAGGAACUCGUGACUGAGGUCAAGCGCCGGCUCCUAGUACCCGUCUACGAGUCCGAGCACUACUGCCCGUGCUGCGACGGCGUGUGCGACUAG